AUGGCGAAAACCUUCGUGAUACACGCUUGUUUAAUUUUCCUCACGUUUUGUCCAAGUAAAGGCACCGAUCGGUGGAAAAAGGUCAUACACAACUACAAACGAGAUUUCAAUCCACAGAAAAAGAUAGAUUUACACAAGUUUGAAAUAUAUGACGAUUACUACGAUAAGCUAGAAGAUUAUUCUUAUUCCGAUUACAGUGAAGAUGUGUAUAAAGAAAUCAACGUAAAAUUAAAAACUAAAAUAGAAACAACUGAAGGCCAACAUCUGAAUAGAAAAAACGAUAUCUUUAAUGCCACUCUACAAAAAGCAAGACAACACAGCAAAACAUUAGUGGAGCAAAAAUCGAAUACUGAUCUGAAUAAAAAUGUAAUUCUAAAAAUACCUUCAACGGAAAAGUGGCCAAAAUUUGAGGAUAUCCUAUUACAAAUUGGAAGGAAGUAUGACUGGAAGAACGAUAGAUGGAUUAAAGUGAAGAAGAAAAUUGACGCCAAGCUGAAGAAUGUAAACAAGAGUGAGUUUAAUGAGAAACAUAGGUUUAUUUAUCGGAUAGUGCGGUUGAAUAGGCCGAAAAGUAAAAGGAACAUCGUAUUGGCUGUGACAGCGGUGAGAUAA